CAAAGUGCUGGUGAUGCUAGCAGACCCGAACGCAGGCUACCAUGGAGCUGCUGGAGGUCCGGGUGUUUGGGCUGGGGCGGUCAUCUUCCUUAUCAGCCUCAUCGCCACCGGAUCCUUUAUCCUGUACAAGUUUAAAAGUCCUUUGCUUAGGACUGAGGACGCCUAUCCCCCGCUGUUUUUCAGGAAGCUUCCGGGCAACCGCAACGUCUACGCCCAGAUGCACAACGAGAAGGAGCAGGAGAUGACCAGCCCCGUCAACCACAGUGAGGACACGCAGCACAUCAUCCAGGGCGAGGAGUUCAUCGACGACGACCUGGACUCGCAGACUCUAGGUAACGCAGGAGGUAGCCCCGCCUUCCGUUCCCUUAUAAGGACUACCACUAACCACUGCUACUAAAACCCGAGCCACUAACACCAGCAGCUAACACACACCAAGGCAACCACUCAGGUGUUGUCCUGAGCAUCAACUCCAGAGAACUGCACAGUUACCUGACCAGCUGAUGGCUGCCAUGGCAACGCUAACGAGCUAGCUCAGCCUAGCCGGCUAACGAGCACAGGGACUCCACUCUGCCUUCCUCCUUUUUUCUCCUCUCUCUCUUUUUUUUCGUCUUUUCCUCGUCUUCUUCGGACACUUCACCUCCGCUCCACGGCCUCCUCAACCCUUCUGCUCCAGCUUUGGUGUUAUGUUUUAUUUCUCUGGAGAAAGGACUGUCUUCUUCUUCAUGUCGAACCUGGUUUUCCCCCAACUCCAUCUCUAUCUGAGAUGGGAGGCGCUCUGCUUUACAUUUUUUUUUCACUUCCUGCAGCAGCCCUGGAGACGAGCACUGACACCCUUAGAGGUCGGAGGUUUUAAUGACGUCACACUGAGAAUCCUCACUUAUCUGUGUUUUUGAAGAACAAAAAGUGUGUGUGCGCUGUCUGUUACUUAUCAACACUCAAAAUUAGCAAGCAUGACUCACUGCAGGUGAAGGUGUGACCAUCCAUUGCCGGCAGGCCGUAGCCACAGAGGACUGCUGUAUUUUCUCAAAGCAUAAAGGGUGAUGUGACCAAGGUUGUAAAGUGAGAUUCACCAUAUUCAUAGGGUACCAAUUUACCUCUGGCUUCGUUCUCAUCUGGGGAAGCCUGAAUGCUGUAAUUAUUUUCCACUAUCAUGUUUGAGAGAGAAAGUCAUACACUGUAAACAGAGGGUUUAUAAGGAUGCUUUCACAGCUGGAUGGUUUGGAGAAGCUCUGAAACAGGGGGUGUUUCUCCUCCUUUGUCCGUUUGGACAAAUGUGAACACUGCAAUCACACUCUGUUGUGGAACAAAACAAGCGAGCCGACAUCGCCUAAGAGGUGGUCUUUCAAAGGUGUGCACAGUUAAACAGAAAUGUAACUGUGUUAACCAUUAGCAAAGACCUGGAUAUCAGUUAAUCACUUACUCCCAUUAUCAAUGAACUGAAGUUAACAUUGACAUUACAGUUUUAUCAGAAAAACAACAAAAACACAGCUUUUGAGGUCUUAAGAGGCCAUGAAGAACUCUACAUUACACAGCUGUCUGAAUUGAAAAUCUUCAAUUAGUGGAAACUUUUUUUGAUAUCGCCUUGCCCGAAGACUGUAAGUGUGUUAUCACCCUAAUUUACAUAACUGCUAAUGCUACACAACGCUAGCAAGCUACGACUCUCUUGGACCAUGUGACCAUUUCAAUACUAAACCAACACAGAAGCCACAAUCUACGCAUCUGUCAGACCACCAACGAAAACAAGAUUUAUUUGUCUUACCGUCUGAAGGUCGACUGUAGCUUCUCUUGCGGUCAUAAUAUUCCAACAACAACGAUCCUGCUGCAUCAAAACAGUCCCUACAAUCCAAAUCCAGAAAAAGAUUGAAUCCAAACACAUUACAUCCAUAAAGAUGAACAGAUUGCUAACGAAAAUGUAUUAUCUCUGUACUAAUCCAUGAAGCUUUCGAUUGACAUUGGUCGAAUCCUAACGUUUUAAUGUUCAGACAUGUUUAUAAAACUUGGAACCUUCAACACAGAAUUCAAACGUAAAACCAGCUCGGGUUGCUUUACGAUACCAGAUUUGUAAGCACCAUAUCAUACCUGUUGGGAUACCACAGGGAGAAAAAAACAAGUCCUUGAUAUCUGAUAUUGGGUUACUUCUUGUUUAUAAUUACCAAAACAAUGCAAACUGUACAAAAACAUAAAUCAACGUUUCAGUGCUGAAGGGUUGCCAAUGUAUGUAUGCAAUCUAGACAGCGCUGUCUCUCUCUUCCUCACAUAGUUAAAAAUAUGAUUGAGGAUCUGACGUUUACAAAAUGAAAGAUUCUUUACUUCUCGAUACUACGGAUAAUUAAAAUCACAGAGAGAUUGCAUGGUUUUCAAACACAUAGUCUCACAAAGUACCGGACAAUGUUGACAACUUUACUAGCAGCUUCUGAAGCCACAAUGAGCUCCAGGUCACUGAGAAAUGGCCGCCAUGUGAAUAUGAUGAAUUUCAAAGAGAUGAAAUUGUUACUCUUGCUCUUUUUUGUGUUUAUCUCUCUUUUAUUCCCACAAUGACUCUCUUCACAGGCAAUAAUAUGCUCUCUGUGGAAUGUAGGAUUGCAUAAACCCUUGUGAAUUUGCAUAAUGACAAGCAUGCAAACACAAGAGGGCGGUGUUGCACUUUUUUGUAAAAUCCCACUCACAGGUACAAGGAAGAAAAACAAAGCUUAAAGUCCCAGAGCAGUCUUAAGACUUGUAUGUUUGUUUUAAGAUCAGAUCACAGCAGUUUGUUGGGAGGGGGGGGUUCAAAUCAGCACCACCUUUUUGUCCGUCCCAUGGUGCCUAAAACAGCAGAUCUGAAUCUGCUCAGUAACAUUACCUGUUGAGUUUAUUUAUUUCUAAUAACAGAACGCCCCUUCCUCCUCUUCCUCCUCCUCCUCCUCCUCCUCCCCACUUGUCCUGGAUCAGAGAGACUCCUGGAGACAAAGGCCGCUGUCAUGGAGGGAAGGUGUAGUUGAUAUUUUAGUGUAUCAGCCUAUAUUAGGCGUAGCCCGCGGUUGAAUCAUGUCUCCUUAAAGGUUCGGUUUGUUUGUAUGUAAAUGUGUAAAUAUGAUCAAUCUCCACUUUGUACAUACUCCCUUUGACAUGUGUGAGUGUUUUACACUUCCACCAAAACACACAGCAUUAUUUUUGUUUUUUUGUUUUUUAGAGUGAACCUUCACCGAGUCGAGUGAAUUUGAAAAACUCUCACUGUUUACAGUUUCAUCAACGCCAUUGCCUGCUUCACAUGUACGCAUUUUUUCGAUUCUUUCGGUGUGAUCUCAUGUGUAAGAUAAGUUUUUUCCAUCUUCAUCGUUAACUGAAAAUUAAUUCAUUGUCUCAUAAAGAUACUCACGACGACACAGUGGAAACUAUGUAUAUGGAUAUUUUUGAUACACUCGUCAUUUUUCACAACACGUGUGAACACUGGUUAAUGUUUCUGUUGCCUUUUUGCUGAUGUUUUGAUUGGUUGUGUGAUUGCACUAACGAUGUAAGCUGAGCUGCAGACACAUGCCUGAGUAAGUCCGCACACUCUCCACGGACAGGUCUUUGGACAAAAGGCCUUUAAAGACUACAAAUACCACAAGCACCACCCCUCAGUUCGUCUUAUAUUUGAUACAAACAGACCACAUUCACUCGUUCUGGUUUACGCUUCAUCUUUUGUACAUAUUCUGCUCAUGGUCGACUUGUUCUUAGCUUUCUAGUGAUGUGUCGUCAUUGUGUCGGGGGGAGGGGGGGAGUGGGAAUGAUGGAUAUUCCAAUAUAAUAGGAAAGGAGUUUCACAGCUGAUGGCACCAAUCAAGCAGUUUUGACCACACCGUUUUGUUUUGAUUUUGUUCUUCUUUCCUGCAGUAUGUUCGAUUUGUUAAGUUUUGCUAUUAAAACAAUUGUGUGUCCUCAUCAGGGAGCGUUGUGCACUCAACCUGCAUACUGGAAUAAAUCACUCCCAUAACUUG